GAACUGAUAAUGUUCUUCCACUUCGGCGUCAACACCUUCACCGACUCCGAAUGGGGAACGGGGAACGAGUCUCCGGCCAUCUUCAACCCCACGGGGCUCAACGCGACACAGUGGGUAGAGGUGGCUGCAGACGCAGGGUUCUCUCUCGUCAUACUUACUGCCAAGCACCACGACGGGUUCUGCCUGUGGCCGUCAGCGUACACGGACCACUCUGUGGCGAGCAGCCCGUGGAAGAACGGGAAGGGUGAUGUCGUUCGAGAGCUCGCCGGUGCUGCAAAAGCGAGAGGGAUCGAUUUGGGGCUGUAUCUCUCCCCUUGGGAUCGACAUGAGAAGACCUACGGGCUUGAGAUCGAGUACAAUGAGCAUUACUUGGCACAACUACAAGAACUCCUCACUAGGUAUGGGAGUGCGCAUGAGAUUUGGUUUGAUGGGGCAAAAGGGAAGAAUGCAAAGAACAUGACCUACCACUUCGAGGAAUGGUUUUCAAUGGUGAAGGAGUUGCAGCAGGAUAUAAACAUAUUCUCGGAUGCCGGUCCUGACAUCCGGUGGGUCGGAGAUGAGGGCGGGGCUGCCGGAACGACUUGCUGGUCGACGAUCAACCGGACGUUGGUAACCAUCGGAACCGAUGAAGUCGAGUAUUUGAAUACCGGAGAUCGGAGAGGAGUCGAUUGGGUACCAGCAGAGUGUGAUGUCUCAAUCCGUACAGGAUGGUUCUGGCAUAAAUCUCAGACACCAAAACCCUUGAGCCAAUUGUUAGAUAUAUACUACAGUUCCGUCGGACGUAACUGCGUUCUUCUACUCAACAUACCGCCAAACAGCACAGGUCUCCUAUCGGAUGCGGAUGUAGAUCGGCUAAAAGAAUUUCGCUCAGCAAUCGAUACAAUCUUCUCGGUCGAUCUGGCUAAAGGAAGCACUGUAAAAGCUAACAGUCAGAGGGGAGGCAAAAACGGGGGAUUCGCAGCGGGGAACAUAUUAGACGAUAACCAGGAUUCAUACUGGGCCCCGGAAGACGAAUACCAGAAAGGAGGCUGCUGGAUCGAGCUGACAGCCAUGAACCAGAGCAUGACUUUCAACGUGGUGAGAUUACAAGAGGCGAUCGGUAUGGGGCAGAGAGUGCAGAGACACGAGAUUUACGCUGACGGAAAGAUGGCUGCCAACGGAACGACGAUCGGGUACAAGCGACUGCCGAAGGCAAUCAUCGGAGCUAAAAGAGUAAGGAUCAAGAUUGUGGAAUCAAGGGGAUUGCCGUUGCUAUCAGCAGUGGGGCUGCACUUUGAUCCCUUUGUGGAAAAGGGAAGCACCAAGUGGGGGGGCUAACAAUAAUGGGGACUAAAGCUAACACAUUUUAGUAGUAGCUUUUCCAUCAACCAAUCAGACUCUUUGUCAAGGUUUGUUGGAGGACAGUUGCACUUAUUCCGGCCUCAACUGCAUUUUCCUGGGAACAGAGAGAGGAUUCCUUCUUGUGCUUGCAUCCUCUUUCUAACCUAUGAAAAAUUAGAGUAAUAAUAAUCUGAAAUUUGCACGGCCAAUAUAUAAGAUUUAAUCAUCUCUUUUAAUAUAGUAUUGCUUAUACUACAGACCUUGUACUAUCCUGAAUACCACAAGGUUCAAACAUGCAAAACCUUCAUCGUGAGUUGUCGAUCGGGUCUCCUCUACUUAAAAAAAAGUAUCCAGUGGUCCCGGUUCAUUACAUACUGCUAUUAGUAUCAGAUUGGAACAAGAUUUAUCAUACAGUUAACAUUGAUCUUAACAACACUAGCAAAGAUUU